AUAUUCCGUUUUCGACCGGAGCCGCUUUUAAUUUUUGAAAUGCAUAGAUAAAUUUAAAUAUGAUAAAACGGCUAUGCGUUUGGCUCUAUUUAACCUUGUUCUGAGCUGCUGUGUGACGUUGAUAAUCUGGAACAGCCCAUCUUCUGGAUUCAAGAUCAGAUAUGGGCGCGAAAGGAGUCGUAUUUUGAAGUUAAAAAAGAGGAAAGGUGCAAUUUUGACCAGAUUAAACUUGUUAACCAGGACUAGAGGCAUAGGAAUAUUUCCAUGUAGAGCUACCCCUGAAGAUUCUACUCCAGAACCAGAAUCUGAGAAAGAAGAAGGAACACAAGAAAGCUUUGAAAACAUUGUGGAAGAAGAAAAACCUAAGCGUAUGCCAAAUAAUCCCGUAAUUGAACAAGAUUUAGAAAAUUUUGAUCCGCUCUUUAGAAACAUCCCAACUCUUCGCACUCUCAAACGUAAUAUAAAGCUAGAAGAUAGACCUGGAGCGUUCUCUGCACCUGACUACGCCAGAGAUUUUAUUGAACAGGAUGCCUGGGAUUUCCAUCCAAAUAAAAUCAGAGUUAGAGGAAAGUAUUUCUCAAAGCUAUACCAAUACGAAUUGCGUGAGCCUAUGAAACGUCAUGAAAACGAUACUGGCUCUCCUGAAGUUGUAAUUGCAUCUUUGACAGCUAAAAUAGACUAUAUUUCUUCCCACGUAAAAAAUAACAAAAAGGAUGUGCAAGCAAAAAGGCAGUUGGUAAGGUUAGCGACAAAACGUAGAAAACUUUUAGAAUAUCUCUAUCGCAAAAAAAGGGAUACAUUUUACAUGCUGAUAAAAACAUUUAAUUUACCUUUUGAUGAGUCUCGUUUCUCUUACAAGAGGAUAUUGCCAGAAAAUAUAUACUCACAAUAUCGCAGAACUAAACUGCGACCAUACAUGCAUCUGGGACUUUUAUCCCCCAAUACACAAAAUAAAAAGGGGAAGAGUGCAAACAGCAACUAUUCUAGGCCUGUAUACACAAUUCUUGACUCAAAACCCUCAACAACUGAGCAAAAGAGUAUAAAGGUGGAUAACAGCAACAUUCUAAUUCUGAAUUCAGACAAUUUUAAUGAGAUUAGUAAAUACCCAGGUAAAAUAAAGACUGGCAUAAAUGAUGCGCUUGUAAUUACACCUCUACAUAAUUUAAAUCUAAACAGUGUUUUUGGGGAAUCUCUUUUCGAAAAGAGGAAGAGAAAUGAAAAAAUUUUGCAUCUUGCGGAACUUGUAUACUUAUCAGACGGCAUAAUAGUGCCAAUAGACUACAAUGAGCUUAAAAGUAAUGGAUGUAGACACGUUUAUAACCUAAAGCUUGCAAAUAUUUUGAUUUUUUUCUUGAGAGAAUGUUUUGAACAGGCUAGAUAUCCUAAUGUACACUUUAUUGUCUACAAUUGGAAUGAGAUUUCCACGUGGAAUAGUUAUAGGAAUUCAUUUUUAAGACGCCAAAAAAAGGAGAUACAUCAAAUUCUUAACGAAUUUAUUGCAGAGUCUGGUAAAAUUAGUACAACGUGCGAAUUUACGAAUUCUUCCGAAAAACAUGAUUGGGUUACAAAGCUCUAUCCUUCCAUCAAAGAACGUAUAAAAUUACACAGGGACUGCAAGAGUGAUUUGGAAUCUGACUUUAAUGGUAGAGUAAAAUCCUGUGAGGUGAUAAAGGCCUUUAGAAAGCAAACUCAGGAUAGUUCUGAUGAUCUUGUUUCUCGUUUAAAUCCUAACCAAUUACAAGAACUCAAGAAUCUUGCUCCAUCAUACAACCAGUUGAUAGAAUUGAUAAAGGUGCAAAGGGAACGUAUGAUAACGUUUCUAAAUGACACAAGUAAUUACGGACAUCCAGUCGAAUGGUACAAGAGAGAAAUAGAUGCGCUUGUUAACAACAGUCUGAAUGAGCUGGUUGCCACGAUGCAUGUGGUAAAGGGAUGUGAGAAUUUUGCAAAGGAGCUAAAAAAUAGACUUGUUGAAUCGCUAAAGAGUAUAAUUAUUGAAUUCAUUGAUACAUUGUCUCUAAGAAUGCACGAUGAAAUCGUGCAGGAGUUUCGGAAUAACAUUUCAAGCCUUACUAUUUCUCCAAACCUUGAUGAGGAACUGGAAGAUGCUAUAAGAACAGCGGAUAGCCUCUAUUUUAAAAAGAGGAAAAGCCUAGAACCCAAAAUAUUGAGAAACGACCCUGUCUACAAGGCCAAGUUCCAGUCACAGAGGGCUGAUUUGAUCCAGAAUCUCAAGGAAAUAUCAAACCAUAUACUGGAAUAUGCCAUUUCAAACGGCAUGUACUAUCAUCGCAUAUCAAUAAGGGAUGGAAUCUUGCUCUUGCCUCAAAAUUUUGUACUAAAGUACCUCAAUAGGCUCCUCGACAAGAUCAAGAUUCCACUACGCAUCUCCCUAAACUACUUGAGUCCAUCUGCCUUUGGAUUCUCAAACUUUUUCAGGUUAGUCAUUUCACCACGUCACGCUCGUUACAGGAGCAAGGAUACGCUAUCUCCACAAAUUUGUCGUUACUUCACACACAGUGACAGUGUCAACAAGAUAAUACCGUAA